UUGAAACCAACCUAAAGCUCAUUUUUCAUUAGUCCAGAGAUAGACUCGAUUAUUGCUAACUUAAACAUCGGAGUGUCUACCCCGAGGACCCACCUUGGGGCUUUGCAGGUUCAUUCGAAGUGAAGAUGCAAAUUGAAGAAGGAUCUCUGGUUUGGUGCAAUUACAUUGGCGCCAUCUGUGGGAAUCGAACUGAAAGCUCUUUUGUUACUCUCUCAUCAUGGUUAACACUCGAUCAGUCUGAACUGGAAAUCCAUCUCAGCCUCCUGGACAAGCUCCUAACUUGGAAUAAUCCUGGCGAUCCCCUCAUCAACUUACUCAAUCCUGCUCCACAAUCCCCAGCUCCACAGAAAGACCCUCAACCAGUUCAGCAUGCUCCUGCUCUUAAUGAGUCUCAGGGUCAGUCUCACAUAGCCCCAGCUCAACAACCUCUACCUGAUGAUGUCACUCGACGUCUGGACAGCUUAGAAAAACUGCUCAAGACAUAUGAUGGGACAAAGGACCCCGAUGAUCACCUCCAUGCCUUCUAUUCCUGUAUGCAAGCUCAGAACGCCUCUGAUGCGUUAAUGUGUAAGAUAUUUCCCUUCAUUCUCCAUGUUCUCGAAGUCAGCUCCUUUAACCAAGUCGUGGGAAUUGCAAUCAGCUCCUUUAACCAAGUCGUGGGAAUUGUGGUUGUAAUUCAAGGUCUCCAACAUGAAAGAUUCAGAGACAGCUUAAUCAAGCAUCCUGCUGCUACUUUCAACGAGGUUAAUGACAGAUCAUUGAAAUUCAUCACUGCUGAGGAAUAUGCUUUAUCCCAGAAACCAGUUCCUCCGAGAAAUCAAAACCCAGAUUGGAGAGAUGAGGGUCAAAGCAAAAAAUGAAUGAAGACAGUACAUAACCGAGGUUCGAUGAUGACCUCCCCACCUAAGUUUGGAAAGCCGAACUCUGUACCUCCCCAGCAAAAUAUCAGUAAUGCACCAGUUACAUGGACUCCUUUUAAUCUGCCAGGGUCGCAGAUAUUCAUGUA